UGGUGCAAAAACUUCACGGCAGAAGAUCGCCAGCAGUCGCAAACCACCUCGACUGCUGUCGUCGUAGCUGGAGCGCCGCUAAGUGCGGCCGUUCGUUAAUGUGUCGUUGUCGUCAUUGUUGUGCUGUUCUCGUCAUUCAUUGUGCUUGAGUUACGUGCGCUGUUUCGUCGUUACCAGUGGUUUGAUUGAUUGGCUAAUUAGUCAGUAAUUUAGUUGUACCAUUUUGUCAGUAUAUCGCAACUAGUGAAUUGUGACCCUUGUUGAUUGCCUGGACCAGUAUCGUGGCGUGAGGACAUCGUGACGUCAGUCAUUUACUAAAUGUAGUUUCCAAAAGCGCACAUCCAGAAGUCGCUUGUUAAGUUUCCGGUGUAGCUUACGUUGUAGGCGGUUGUGGUUUGCGUUCGUUUUGUGACUGCAGCCAUUUGUUGUGCUUACCGGAAUAUAGUUUGGAAGAAGAUCUUUAACAUGAGUAAGACUAAAGCCGCUGUGCUUCUAUCGCUGGUCGCUGUCUCGAGCGCUGGGAAUCAAAAUGGUGAGAGGGAAUGGUCGUCGCAGGGCGGUGCAGGAUUUGGAGGAGGUCAUGGGGGAGGCGUUCAUGUGAAGCAGGGACUUCUGCUCAAACCAGUCACCGAACAGGUCGGUCCAGCACCAUUAACGACUAUUAAAAAAUUCAUUGCACAUAUUGACACCUCGGUAGUCCCCAUCAGAUUCGAGCACAUCCGUAUCCCGAACUCGUUCGGUAUUAGUGGAGGAGAACACGGCGUAGGAGGUCAUUCAAGAAAUGACAAGAAAGAAGACAUAUUCUUCGGCUGUGAAUUCAAUUAUCUGAAGCAACUAUGGCUGCAAUGUAGUGGCUUUGGCGGAGGUGGAGGCCACGGGGGUUGGAAAUUCGGAGGAAGCGGCGGGGGUGGAGGUUGGAGUCUCAGCAGAAACGGAGGUCAAAAGUUUAAGGUCAUAGAGCUGCCAAAUGGAGGUGGCCAAGGUGGAGGCUGGGUUAUGGGCGGUGGUGAAGGCGGAGGUUGGCCUUCUGGGGGUGGAGGUUGGAUGGGCGACGGAAAUAGCUGGAUAAACGGCGGGGGCGGCUGGAUGGGCAGCGGAAGCGAUAGUUUUAGAGGUGGCCACGGCGGCGGUUUUGGUGGCUUUCCGAUGCUCCUAGACGUGCCAGUGCAGGUGCAUCAUAACCAGUUUAAGAGUCUAGCGCCCGUUGAGAAGGUCUUCAAGGCUAUCCCGGUCCAGGUGAAGGUGGCCGAAUCACAAGAAACUGGCGGCCACGGAGGCGGUGGCGGAGGUCAUAACGGGUGGCACUAAAGUAUCCUCUAAUCCGACUUUUCGAGCGCCCCCGUCCAAAAGAAUGCCUUUACCAAAUGCUGACAGGUUGCCGUAGCCGUCCAUUUUUAGCAAAUCAUAUGAGUCGAAAAGGGACAGCUCAAAAAAUUGACGACGAACCAAUGAGCAAACCAACCAACAUCCCUUGAGACUAUUCCGACGGCUUUUUCAAUCAAUAAUAUGUAUUGUAACAGUGUUUCUCAUCUUCUCGACAAUAUGACCAAUUCGGGCGUCACGGCAAUCCGCAAAAUAAAGAGAAACCAUCUAGCUCACCUCCCAUUCCUCGUAAAGUCGAACUCAGUUUUUUGGCAUGACAUAUUGUCUCCGUCGUUGUUGCACAUACAUGUGCUGUAGUUAACAGCUUAUAGUCCGCAAGUACCGCAUACAAACCAUAAUAUUCAGCAAUAUUCUUCAGCCCUCUUUUCUCAUGGAUAAAUCGAGUACCCUUAUUAUUGGUUCUCCGUCUUUCCUCAAUUCUACCGUUGCUUCAGCUGCUUCUACUAAGCUAAGACACUAAACUCCGAAAACUGACCCUCAAUGCUCAAAUGAAACAAGCAAAUCAGUGGCAGCUGGCGAAUUACAGCUGGUUGCGCCUGCACCGGUUGGAGAAGGCCUCCGCCAGUUCGAAAAAUCCAUCAUAGGAGCAGUCGGUAAUUCUUCGAUCAGUCUUGGUAUAAAAUGAAAAACGAAGAUCGAUAACCUGCCUAUCACCAACCCACUCCUCAGAGGCUUCAACUCCGAUCUCUAACCGCAUAUUAGCAUCCCGACAUUACCUUUAAGAGGGAAGCGACUUGGCUUUUGCAUGCAGAAGUGGCAAACCAAUAGAAACACGUUUGUUACCUUGGCGCAAGAAGCGUUAGUAAUGAAAUAACGCAUUCAUUUUCGAUUGAGUCGAUGGGCACUCAUCAUUUUGUUGUUUUCAUGACACACAUAAAACCAGCUCGUGCCAUGCUCUAAAUUUGGUUGUUAUUAAGUGUUUAGUGUAUUUCAUGAUAAAGUUACGGGACGCUGUGAGCUUUCGAAUUCCAUAUAUUUGAAUUGCCGAAGGUAUCAGUUAUUUAGUGCAGUAAAUCAGCGAAAAACAGACUUACGUAAUACAUAAUAAAAGAGAAUCAAGUCAACGACCACAAAACAGAAAGAAACUAUACCAUGUGCGCUACAUUAUCCAUAUUCACCCAUAGAAAGAUAUCUCAUCGGUAGUCAUUUACUGUGGUUGACUAAGCAUAUAGCUAACCUUUAUGAUUAUUCUAUGUUUUGUGUUUAAAGUUUACGGAUCGUGUCAUUGUACAUAAAGUACGAAGCAGAGAUCACCGUUGUAACUAAGAAAGGAAAAUAUGCUACACAACAAUCACACUCAGUGUCUUCAAUGUGACGACUCUUGUAAAUAAUAUUAUUAAUAAUGAUUGUAAUGAAGUUAAAACGAAUGAUUGGUAGUAGUUACGUACAUUUUAGUCAAGUUACGAUGGUGAUCAUAGUUAUAAUUCUUCAAUCUUCUGAAAGAUAAAAGUAAGGGAACAAACAAUAAAAUUGCCUAACUGUCAUAACCAUUGUUUGUGUGGCAGUUGUAACAAUCAAUCGUUAUGAUAACAAUAAAAGACGAGUAUAAUUUGCAUGUA